AUGAUAGCAAACAAAUUAGGGUUGAGAAAGUUUUGGGACAGGUUGGGUCGUCGAUCAUCUUCCACUUCCAACUCAUCCCCAUCACCACCCUCUUCCAAUCUCAAUCCCUCUAAUUCCAACUCACCUGCAUCAUCAUCUUCCAAUCUGAACCCUUUGAGCACCACAAAUGUAGCAUCCACUUCUUCUUCCGACACCAUCCAAAACCAAAACUAUAGAUACGAUGUGUUUAUCAGUUUCAGAGGUUCUGACACCCGCAACUCUUUUGUUGAUCAUCUCUACUCUCAUCUCAUCCGAAAAGGCAUUUUCGUCUUUAAAGAUGACAAAAAGCUCCACAAAGGAGAAUCCAUUUCAUCACAGCUUCUACGAGCAAUUCAAGAUUCUCGAGUUUCUAUCAUCGUCUUUUCUCAAAAUUAUGCAUCCUCGACAUGGUGUCUGGACGAAAUGGCCGCUGUAGCUGAUUGCAAACAACAAUCUAACCAAACUGUUUUUCCUGUUUUUUAUGAUGUUGAUCCAUCUCAUGUAAGGAAUCAGAAUGGGACAUAUGAGGAUGCUUUUAUUUUACACAAAACCAAAUUUAAAGAAGAUCCGCACAAGGUUCGUCGAUGGAAGAAUGCUAUGAAGGAUUUGGCCAAUACAGCUGGUUGGGAUGUCUCGAACAAGUAUGUACUUGUUUUGCUGGCUUACAUUCCGAUUUUGAAUUGA